AUGUCCACGACAGAUAAUUCACGAUCGAUUGCCCCCGAGCUGACCGAUGCCGAUGUCCUCCGCGUUUGGAAUGCAUGUCGAUUUGUGAAAAUGGGAUGGUUCUCUGCCCAGGAGGCUAUGACCUUUAUGGACCUGUUCUUCGAAAAUAUGGCACCGUUAUCGCCUGUCCUCACAGACUUUUUUGCCUCGCAUAAAAAUCAAUACUAUCUAGUAACCCAGGAACCAAUGCUCUGCUACACUAUACUCAUGAUCUCCUCUCGAUACCACACUCUUCCUGGAGUGGGCGGAUAUUCUCGCUCAUUCUUCAUUCAUCAUCGCCUAUGGCAACAUUGCCAACACUUGCUUCUUCGGAUUACUCUCGGACAGGAGAAAAUCUCGAAAGCAAAAACACGCACUAUAGGAACCGUUGAAGCAUUACUGCUCAUGUCUGAAUGGCAUCCACGAGCAUUACAGUUUCCACCGGAGACGGAUGGAUGGGAUUCAGAUUUCCUCAUGACAAACCCGGACAUCAGAGAUCCGCCUUCUUUAAAUGAGGAUAUCCCAGUAUCUUCCAGAUGGCGGGAAGAUGUCGUUGAACCCACGAAGCGGUUUGAACGUAUGUCUUGGAUGGUCCUCAACUCAGCCUUGGCUCUUGCCCAUGAGCUCGGUGUGUUCGACUCGACUGCUCGACUCGCCAGGCAAGAUGAUCUGGUUGGUCUUGAUGCUGAACGAUAUCUUGAAUACCUCGAGGUGCGGCGACAAAGGUUGCCGAGCCUGCUAUUCACGUUCAUCAAUGCUUUAUCUUCACGGAUAGGUUGUACCUCGCCAAUGCCAUCUGAUGUCGGGAUCUCUAUGCCGGAAACGCGAACAUCUUUGCAGUCCAUUGAUAGAGACUGGUUAUUGUUUAUGAAUGCCUGGAUUGAACUUAUGAAAUUGACCAGCUCGGUCACGGAUACUCUCUUCCCACUCAUGAAUGUUUCCAGUUUGACUGGAUCAUCAGAUACAUUCAUCCCUGUGUUGGAGCGGAAACAAGUUCUGUUGGCGAGUUGGCAACAAAGAUAUCUCAAUAUCCCAGACUCGAGCUUUCCCUUCACUGAUACUCUAUUCAUCGAAUAUCAACAUCUACGCAUCCUCACGAACUCCAUCGGAAUGCAAAGGAUCGUCCAACGAGUCCUCCACAACCAAACCCAGCCACGAUCACGAAGGGAUUCAGUCAUCGAUUUCUCUUUCAUCGAACGCGCAAGACAAUUAAAUAUGACAGCAAGAGAAUACGGCUUCAUCGAAGAAGUAAUAGACGGCUGCUGCCAAACCCUCGACAAGAUAACUCUCUUGGGUGGAUCCUUACACUUUUCACCAAUGAGAAUACUCUUCCGAACAAUAAGUGCGUCAAUAUUCCUAAUGAAAGCCCUGGCUUUAGGAGUACGCAAUUCAAAACUGCAGGAAGCACUCCAGAUCCUCGACCGGACCAUCGCCACACUGCAGGAUAGCAAUCAGGACGAUGUGCAUUUGAAAUCCCGCUAUGCGGCUCUUUUGCAAGUGCAGGUCACGCGCCUGCGAGAGAGCUUGGUCUCUUCGUACUCCGGGAUCGGGAAUGAUCUGCUUUCUCCUGAUUCGUAUGGAAAUAUGUCGGCUAUGGAUCUGAGGGGUUUCUCUGAUGUUACUAUGAAUGACUGGCUAUCUUUACCUUUGGAUCCUUCUAUGGCGCCGUUUGGGUCUGCGGAAGGUGAUUUUGGGGUUCGGUUGGAUGGUGUCGAUUUGGAUUUGGAUUUCUUGUGGCAAUUACCUCCAUGA